CAUAGUUGCUAUACUUUUGCAAGAGCUUGUGAAGUGAAAACUAUAAACAAACAAAUAAAUCCCAUAUUUACAGAAAAACAAUAAUCCUAGUACAUUAUUGCUAAGAUGCAGCGUGAAGAGAAGCAAAUGGAAAUGACAUUAGAUGCCAUUCUAAAUCGGUUAAAUGACUUAAAGAUAUCAAUUGGUGGAAUGAUCCAAAAACUCGAGAUGGAAUAUGAAAUCAUUAACUGGCCUACAUUUCUGGACAAUUUUGCUAUAAUUUCAAGUCAUCUGACUGGAUUGUCCAAAAUCCUCGCCAAAGAAGUUUGCCCGCCGCUACGCAAUCGAACCGUGUUACCACUUAUGUUAUCACCUGAGCGUGAUGAAUCUUUGGUAAAUCUUACACAAGGACGUGUUCCAGUUUUUUCACAUGACAUUGUCCCAGAUUAUUUGCGAACCAAACCGGACCCUCUCACUGAACAAAAAAUGAUUCAGAGCGAACAGAAGGCUGCCAAUUUGACAGUAGAAGCGGCAAUGAAACAAGUAACACAAUACAACAAAGUCGUUUCACAUGUUUUGGACAUGGUUAGUAAAGCACGCGAGGAAUGGGAGAUCGAGUCAUCAACGAGAGCAGGUAUUCAGCAGACUAGCAGCAUGGCUGACACCCACGCGCUAGUAGCUGCCGUUGGCAUGGGUAAGGGACUGAAGGUGAAUGUUCCUAUGAAUGUGACACCGGGAGGACCCGGCAAUAUGAUGGUACCACCAUUGCGCGCUUCCGCGCCUAUGACUUCUGUCAGUCCUGGUGGUGUUGGUCAAAUAAACAAGGCCCCCGCUGGCAUUAAAACCAAUAUCAAACCUGCCAUGCAAGUGCACCAAUUUUCGCGAUAAUUUUAAA